AUGAUUUUAUGCAUUCCUCCAACACUGCCAGAAGACCAGAAAGCGCACAGCAAAAGACCUUACAAAUGUAACGAGUGUAACGAAACCUUCCUUAACAGCUCAAACCUCACUAGAUAUCAGAGAAUCCACACAGGAGCGAAAUUAUCUAAAUGUGAUAUAUGUGGUAAAAUCUUUGGUCGAAAUUCACACCUUCUCACUCAACAUCAAAUAAUCCAUUCAGGAGAGAAACCAUAUAAAUGUGAUGUACGUGGCAAAGUCUUCAGUCGAAAUUCAGUCCUUGCAAAUCUUCAGCGAAUUCACACCGAAGAGAAACCGUAUAUAAAUGAGUGUGGAAAAACCUUUAAUCACUGCUCAAACCUCAUUAGACAUCAGAAAAUUCAUACAGGAAAGAAAUUAUAUAAAUGUGAUAUGUGUAGCAAAGUCUUCAGUCGUAAUUCAAACCUUGCAAUUCAUUGGAGGGUUCAUACUGGAGAGAAACCUUAUAAAUGUAAUGAGUGUGGCAAGGUCUUUCGUCUAAAACCACAUCUUCGAAUUCAUCGGAGGGUUCAUACUGGAGAGAAUCCUUUCAAAUGUAGUGAUUGUGGCAAAGCCUUCAGUCAAAAUUCACACCUUACAAGUCAUUGGAGAGUACAUUUUGUAAAGAAACCUUUCAAGUGUAUUGUGUGUGCAAAAACCUUUACUCAGGUCUCAACCCUCACUACACAUCAGAAAAUCCAUACAUGA